AUGCUGAUACGAGCCCUCACUUACGACAACGAGACACGGAUACGACGAAAUCAGAGAACUUCGGUCCCCUGCGAGCGGCUCCACUGCCAACACAAACCAACAAACCCCCCCUCGCCAUACCUCAAGAUGGCGCCCGUCCCCCCCGCCCCAGACCCCACACGCCAAAGAACCGAACCCACAUCCAAAAACCACCUCGCGAGGAACCGCUCUGGCGGAGCACCCCCUCCGGAAGGCCCCGCCCCUCUGCGCGGUGCUGCACCCCCCGGCUUACAGUGCCCCAACUGCCCGAAAGGCCCCGACAACAAUGAAAAAAGCCGCGCCCUACUGACGGACUGGGCACCCCGUCGCACGGGCCGCCACGGGCUACCGAACUCCUCUGACCAGCGGGGGGCCCCCUCGUCCCACGGCCGCCAGCCCCCUCCUCUGGAGGCCCCCCACCCCGUCCCGGGCCCCGGCCCUUUCAGGGCUCGCCGGGCGAUAACACCAAGCCUCAUACCCCCGACUCUCUCCGAGACACGCGGUCCACGCUCACCCAAGGCCACGCACGCGCUCACUGGCACCCCAGAGGGUGCGCCGCACAACAUGAUACGCAUCGGGCCCCGCCGGCGCCCUCCCCCGCCCACAGAACCCUCCCGCCGGUGCGAUCAUACGUCGACCCAGCCGACCGCUCCCAAGACGCGGAGAGUCGCAGGACAACCCAGAGGCCAAGCCCCUAGCACCUCCCCAACGAACCCGGGGGCCCUCACCACAUCAGCCGCCACCCCCCCCUCCACACUCCCUACCCCCCGCGGCCCCGUCCCACGCCUCGCCUAG